AAACUAAAAGUGUUGACUUAGACAAAGAAGCUUCUAGCGUCGUCUUACGAUACACAGUCUAUUAGGGAAAAUGCUUUGGUGUGUGACUCUUAUUCUUGUCAGCUUUAUUGAAUCUCGAUCAGAGAGUUUACAGGUUAUUGGUCCAGAAGCUCCUCUUGUUGCUGUAGCUGGUGAAGAUCUGGUUCUGCCCUGUUUUAUCAAACCCAACACCAGUGCUGUGGACAUGACAGUGGAGUGGUUCAAACUCGAUGUAAAGGACUCAUUAGUGCAUCUCUAUAGGGAUCAUCAAGACAGAAAUGAAGAUCAGGUUCAGUCCUAUAGAGGAAGAACAUCACUGUUUAAAGAGGAGCUACAGAAAGGCAACACUUCACUCAGACUGUCAGCUCUCAGAGUCUCUGAUGAAGGAGAAUACAAGUGUCUUGUUGAGGACAAACGAGUUUUGUUCUGGUACGAUGACAUCAUUGUGAAGGUCAUUGUAGAGGUUCUAGGAAGCCACCCAGUGAUAAUGAUGGAGAGUUAUGAUAACUCAGGAGGGAUUAAUCUAGUGUGUGAGUCCAGAGGCUGGAAACCUGAACCUGAUGUUCUGUGGCUGGACAGAGAAGGAGUCACUCUGACUGCUGAAGAUACACAGAUACACAGAGACACUGAGGGCUUCAGUGUGAAAAGCCGCAUCACUGUUUAUGAUUAUAGCGACUCUAACAGGUUUUACUGCAGACUUCAGCAACAACAUCACAUGAUGGAGACAGAGAUUAUCAUCAGUAGUAAAGUCUUUGAUGCUUGGAAGUGGAUUGUUGGGAUUUCAGUUUCAGCAUGUCUUAUUGCUGUUGGAUUGAUCGUAACUGCAAUUGUUUGUCACAAGAAAGAACUGCAGAGACAGAGACUGAGUGUGGAAUACGAGUUAUUAAAGAAGAAGCAGUAUGCAGAUGACUUCAUAGAGAUUGUAAAGAAGAAACAGUAUGCAGUGGAUGUGACUCUGGAUCCUGAUUCAUCAAAUCCAUAUCUCAUCCUGUCUGCUGAUGGAAAACAAGUGACAUGUGGAGACACACGACAGAAUCUCCCUGAUACACCACAGAGGUUUAAAUAUUGUCCCUGUGUUCUGGGAAAGCAGAGUUUCUCCUCAGGGAGAUUUUAUUAUGAGGUGCAGGUCAAAGGGAAAACUGACUGGACAUUAGGAGUCAUACAGUAAGAGAGAACAUUAAGAGGAUGUGGUUGAUUAUAGAGACUCCUCAGGAUGGAUUCUGGACUGUGGCUCUGUGGAAUGAGAAUCAGUACAGUGCUUAUAAUGAUACUGAUGUUGCCCUCACACUGAGAGAGAAGGUGGAGGAUGUGGGGGUGUUUGUGGAUUAUGAGGAAGGUCUGGUCUCUUUUUAUGAUGUAAAAUCCAGAUCUCAUAUCUACUCUUUCACUGGUCAGACUUUUACUGAGAAGAAACUCUAUCCAUAUUUCAGGCCUGGUUUAAAUGAAGGUAGUGAAAAUUCAGCACCACUGAUCAUCUCUCCUGUAUUUAAGACUUAUUGAAUUUUUAGUCAAAUUUUCUUACAAAUUUAUUUAUCUAUUAAAUGGUAAGAAUAAAAAUAAAUAUUUCACUUUUUUAGUUAAAUGCUGUACAGAUUUUAAUUGUGAUCCUAUAGUCUGUUAUUUAUGAUUAUUUGACAUUAUGAUUGUGGAUGUAUAAAAUGUAUAAAGUUCAGCUGCUGAUGUCUGUGUAGAUAAAACCAAACCAAACCCUGUUUCUGCUUAAAACUUCACACAAAUACAAUCAAAUUCAUAUUUUAUUUAGAAAUAAAAAUCCCUGUUUGCCUGUUUUUCAGAUUA